AUGAACAAGGGAUUUUGGAUGCCAAAGGGUACAGAUGGAGAUCCAGCAUUUGAGAAUCCUUCCAGGCUUGAAUCUAAACGAUCUCAUCAGUGGUUUAUAGAUGAUGCGGAGCCUGAGUUGUUCCCUAACAAGAAGCAAGCAGUGCAAACUCCAAACAGCGCCACAACUUCUGGAAUUUCCAGUGCAAAUGUUCCUUCUUGGGAUAACACCUCUGGUUUUCAGUCUGUCCCAAACCAGUUUAUUCACCGGUUAUUUGGGGCUGAAACUGCAAGGUCUGUCAAUUUUGCUGAAAGAAAUUUAUACCCUGCUGGGACAGGUGACUCAAAUGCAUCUGUUAGCCUGUCCAUAUCUCAUGCUAUGGGAGAUCCUGAAGCCUGUCUUAACUACGGUGGUUUUAGAAAAGUUAAAGUAAAUCAGGUUAAGGACUCUGAAAGUGUUAUGCAUGUCCCGAAGGGACCUGGUUUCACAAUUGAAAGUGACAGUAACAAUUCAACUGGUCAGGCCUUCAAUGGGGAAAGUGAAAGUAGCUUUAUAUCGAUGGGGCAAGCAUUUGAUAAGGAGCAUAACAAUGUCACAAUGAUGGGUCACACCUACAAUAGAGAAAAUGCCCAUGUUGGGUCAACAAGUCCCACUUACAUCAAAGUUGAUGACAGUGCCAUUCCAAUAAGUGACACAUAUAGUAAGGAGGACACCAAUCUAUUAUCUUUUGGAGGAUUUGAUGAUGCACAUGAUAUUAUACCUGUUGGUAGGCCAAUCAGCAGUUAUGACCACUCUUUUGAUCAAUCUUCAGUUCAAACACAAGAAGCAGUUGGUCAAAAAGAGCUGGGUGCUACAAAUGUCAAGGCAGUUGCAUGUAAUACUCAGGCAACUAAAUCCAAAUCUGAAGCUGUUCCUAAGAACAGACCAGAGUUGAAAACUACGAGAAAAGAAGCUCCAAACAGCUUUCCUUCAAAUGUCAGAAGUUUGAUAUCAACUGGUAUGCUUGAUGGAGUCCCUGUAAAGUAUGUUUCCUUGUCACGUGAGGAGCUUCGAGGCAUUAUAAAAGGUUCUGGCUAUCUUUGUGGGUGCCAGUCAUGUAAUUAUUCCAAGGUGCUCAAUGCGUAUGAGUUCGAACGCCAUGCUGGUUGCAAGACAAAACAUCCGAACAAUCAUAUAUACUUCGAUAAUGGAAAAACUAUCUAUCAGAUAGUACAAGAAUUAAGGAGUACUCCUGAAAGCAUGUUAUUUGACGUAAUUCAAACUGUUUUUGGUGCACCUAUUAACCAGAAAUCCUUUCGCAUUUGGAAAGAAUCAUACCAAGCUGCCACUCGGGAGCUCCAGCGUAUCUAUGGGAAGGAAGAACUAAAUCUGUAA